GCCAGGCUCGACCCUAAUACAUAUAUUUAGGCGGACCCCCUCCUCGUUCUGUAUAUCACCCCUUACUCCUCAGCUCAACGCCCUCUGUCGCCAUGAGCAGCAACCUCAACCCCUUCAGUCCGACCGGCUCGAGCCCGGCGGCAACGAUCAACGAGGUCUACAGCGCAGAUCCUACAUUGGUCUAUCACGGAGACUGGUAUCUCGGUAACAUGUCGAGCAACCCCAAUGAGACGACGUAUGGGACGAGGAGCACAGGCGCAAAUGUGACAUUUAUCUUCAACGGUACAUUCAUUGCUGCGUAUGGGACGAUCGAUAACACGGGAGUCGACCUCAUGUGGACGCUCGACGACGCUACACCUAUUCGGUAUACAAUGUCACCACAGUCGCCUGCCCAGUACAGAUCUCUUUUUCUCAAUGUGCAGCCGCCGGACGACAGGAAGCACAAGCUCGUCAUUGCAAGUGCAUCCGACGGACCCACGCUUUGGCUUGACUACCUCACCUUCACGGGCACGAAGGAUGUUCCUCCACUGGGUGGCAAUGUGACAUCCUCAUCCACUCCGGCGGGCACAGCACGGGCGGAGAGGAUCGUGCCGCCGGGCAUCAUUGCGUCGGCGGCGGUAGGAGGCGUACUCUUUCUUGCGCUCGCCGUCGCAUGCGCGGUUUUGCUGGUCCGCCGGAAACACAGACUUACACUGGAGAGGCCGCGCAAAGAUGUCGCCUUCCGGCAGCUUGGAGUCGGUAUGCUUCCCGAUGACCACGAAAAGAACCACCACAUGGUUGAGGCCAUGCGUAUCAAGAUCCUUGGUGCACUGCGCUCACCUUCGCGGACAAAUCCGGGCGCGGCUACACAGGCUGCACUAUCGUCGACUAUAUUCACCUCCGUCAUAUUCAAUGUGCCAUCCUCAGUCGCGGCGUCGCAGGGUUGAGAGCGUGGUGGCAUCAUCAGGGACGUGUUCCAUCAUUCCAAUCCUCGUAUUUAAUGUCAAUUCAAGCACAUUUUCUGGACGGAGCCAACUCUGAUAUACAGAAAAUUGGGUCUCCACUCCUGAGGCCCGGCUUCCCUGCAUUUGUCCCUGUAUCUGAUAGUUGAGGUAAUGCCUCAUCCGAGGGUAAUGCGAUUUUGUAGAUGUAAGGUGGAGUUGUGAACAAUAUGCGU